CCCCUCGUCCUAACUGCGCCCUUCUCCCCUGCUCCGUUCUCCUCCUGCGUCGCGAACCUUGCGGGCGUCCGGCUGCAGCCGCAGGCUCGGGUGCUCCCGCAGGAAAGCCCGCACGUCGGCCGGCAGCUCGCUCAUGGCCUGGCAGCCCGCGGAGCAACCCCAGGGACGCCGCUCGCACCACGUGGAGCCGGGGGGCGGGGCUCUGGGCGGGACUCGGCGGUGCCCCGGAAGCAGAUGCCUCUGGCAUCCCGGAAGUGCCCGCGGGGUUGGAUGCCAUGGCGGCGGUGGCUGCUCUGCAGUUGGGGCUGCGGGUGGCGGGGCUAGAACGGGCCCCGGCCAGCGCCACCUGGAGGAGCGUCCUUGGGGUCUCCCCACGCCCAGGUGAGGGCCGCAGGCCGGGCUGUGAUCCAGGCGCCUCGGUAGAGCCACCUGCUCUCUGCCCUGCACUUUGAAGGGGUGUCGUGGGGAUUGAAAUGAACCCACUGCCGGCAGAACUGA